AUGAGCGACGAAUCUGGUGAAAUUUAUAGCUCGAAAGAGGAAACCACUUCGGUUUUCCGUAGGUUGACCUCCAAGCAAGACAACAGGGCUUGCUUUGACUGUGGAGCCAAAAAUCCGACAUGGACAUCGGUGCCGUUCGGUGUUAUGCUGUGCAUACAGUGUUCUGCAGUGCACCGCAAUCUAGGUGUUCACAUCACAUUUGUUAAGUCUUCAAAUCUAGACAAAUGGACUGUUAACAACCUGCGGAGAUUCAAACUCGGUGGUAAUCACAAAGCUCGUGAAUUCUUUAUGAAGAACAACGGAAAGCAGUUUUUGGGUACUAAUGUCGACGCACGCAUGAAAUACACCAGCUCCGUUGCGAAGAACUAUAAAUUACAUCUAAACAAACUGGUAGCAAAAGACAUGGAACACCAUCCAGGGGAAAUCGUGCUGGUUGCGGAUGACGAUACAGGGGAUCUUUCGUCCGGAUCUGGGUCCAAUUCUUUGGGGUCUUCUAAUAACAACAGCGUUGACGACUUCUUCUCUAGCUGGGAAAAGCCAGCAACUGCUAACACUCCAUCACCCAAGAUUCUGACUCCUUCGAGUACGGGGAACACCAGAAAUGCGUCCAAAACAUCAAUCCUAUCCGGCAGCAGUAGCAGAAGGAGAACAACUACUGCACCUGCGGCAGCUAAAAAACACUCCAUCUUGUCCUCUGGCAGAAAAUCCACCAGAGUUUCAGCUCAGAAAGUAGGUAAAUCGGACGCCGAGAAUAUGUUUGACGAUUUUGAGAAAGCUGCCUUGCUAGAAGCGGAAGAGGCAACGCCGAAAGUGAAUCGCUCCAAGGCUGCUGAGAGCACGACCGUUUAUAAACAGCCGGCUCCAAUGAAAAUAGGAUCCUCCUUGGACUCCGAUGUUUCAGAAUAUAAUGACGGUGUGGCGUUUGAUCAGGUCAAGGCCAGCUUUACGUCCAACGAUACUGAAACCGCUAAACCUAAAUUAGCAAAAUUAGGUUUUGGUAUGAUUACGAAUGAUGCUGAUCAACUUGCCGCGAAGGCAAAGGAAACCAAAAGGGCUGCUUCUGGUCCAAAAUAUACUGGUGAUGUAGCCGCCCAAUACGGCGGUCAAAAAGCCAUCUCGUCAGAUCAAUACUUUGGGAGAGGCAAUUACGAUGAGGACGCUUCUAAAGAGGCCAAGGAUAAGUUGAAGACGAAUUUCAACAAUGCCACAUCGAUAUCUUCGUCCAACUAUUUCGGUGAAGAAGAACCGGAGCUCGACGACUUCGGACGUCCUAGGCAGGAUACUCAUAACAGUGGGUUCGUCGAUUUUAAUAAUGACGCAGAUGACGAAUUCCAGGUCAUCAAAGAUGUCGUCGAGCAAGGAGCACAGAAAUUGGGCAAUUACUUGAGGGAUUAUUUGAGAAAUUGA